CCAAUUAGGUUGGCACACUCUGGAACAUAUAUUUAUCCUUUUCUAGGCAUUAGCUAUUGGAUGAGGCAUAGAAAUUUAUGGCAGUAUUGGAUAAGAGUUCUACCUCAGCAAAUUCUCAUUGCUUCGAUUAUUUUCAUAACAUGUUUUGUUUGGUUCUAUCCAAUUCAAGCUUUAGUUUCGUUUUACUUACAAGGACCAUCAGCCUUUCUUUCUACUUUUAUUUUGAUUUUUUAUCAAGCUGGCAUGAUUUCAAGAUUGGUAUUAGAGAAAACUAUCUUAAAAGAACCAUUAAGGAAAAUCUUUGAUGAAGUUUUAAUUAACCAAGGUUUAUCUGAAUUUGUUGCUAAGGGAAAAUUGAUAAUUGAUGCUAAAAAUAAAGAAAAAAAAGAAAAAAGAAAAGCUCAACCUCUUCAAAGAAGAAUUUAUGACGAUUAUGUUGCAAUGUUCUUUAGUGUUUCUUAUAUUACAUCAAUCCCUUAUAGUAUCACUAAAACUGUGUUUUUAUUAGUAUUGCACUCAAUUCCUAUUAUUGGUCCAUGGUUCUUAUUAUUUUUAAAAUCAGGAAAAAAAGGAAGAACUUUGCAUCAACGCUAUUAUGACUUGAAAGAUUUUGAUGAAAGGCAAAUAAAAACUUUUUAUAGAGCAAGAUCCUCUGAAUACUCAAGUUUUGGUUUUGUCGCUUUAACCUUAGAAACUAUACCAAUCAUAGGAAUGUUUUUUACUUUCACUGAUGUUGUUGGAGCCUCUUUGUGGGCAGCAGAUCUUGAA